AUGAUGAUCAAUGUUUAUAUCUCUGCAUCAAACAAAGAAGAAGGAGAAUCUGACUGGUAUGGAAUCCUUGGUGUUGAUCCUUUAGCUGAUGAUGAAACAGUGAAGAAACAUUACAAGACCUUAGCUCUGUUGCUUCACCCGGACAAGAACAGGUUUAAUGGUGCGGAAGAGCCUGCUUCUUCUUCUUCGUCGAAACCGGUGGACAUGACCUUUUCGACAGUGAGCAUGACCUUUUCGACAGUAUGCAAUAAAUGCACAACGAGAUGUUGUCAUUUUUCGACGCAGAAUCAUCUUAACAAGACCUUUCCUUGUCCAAACUGUGGUCAGAAUUCGGCUAUGACCAAUAUAUCAUCGACAGAGGUGAUCAAUGGGAGGACAUUCAUCAGAGUCUCUGUUUCUCCGCAACAAGAAGAACCAUCGAGGGCCAAUUCUCAAGCAACUAGCAGACGUAGCACACGUCAUGAUGAUGCAAACUCUACUGAGAGUUUUUUCAAGAAACCAAUGCCGACAACAGGAGAUGCAAACUCUACUCAUGAAGCUCAGAGGCUUUUCAAGAACCCAAUGACGACAACAGGAGAUGCGAACUCUACUCAUGAAGCUCAGAGGCUUUUCAAGAACCCUUAG